AUGGAAAGAGGAAAGGAGACAAGGACUUCCAGUGACUUGCAGCAAGCUUUCCACCAUCGGAAGGAGCCCACCUUCCUUAUCAGCCAUGCCAGCCCUUGCCCAGUGACACGGUAUGUCGAUUCUGGUGAAAAAGCUGAGACACAGCUUUCGAAAGCUCGGCCUGGCACUGUGAUCGUGUCCAGAGCAUCAGGCAAGGGGAUGAGGUCAGCAGGCCAACCCAGUCCCCCGGUCAUCCCAGCCCGUAGGCCAGCCUUCCGGGUCUGCUACAUCUGCGGCCGAGAAUUCGGCUCCCAAUCCCUGGCCAUCCACGAGCCUCAGUGCCUGGAGAAGUGGCAUACAGAGAACAACAAGUUACCCAAGCACCUUAGGAGGCCGGAACCUUCCAAGCCACAGCCUCUGGGCAGCAGCGGCACCUACAGCCUCCAGGAGGCCCCCGAGGCUGUCUUCCAGGGUACCCAGACUCAGCUGGCACCCUGCGAGGUGUGCGGCCGCACCUUCCUGCCCGAUCGCCUCCUGGUUCACCAGAAAAGCUGUAGGCUGAAGGCUGAGGGUCCCAGAGCACCUUCUGAUGACCUUCCUGGUAUCAGGAAAGCCUCUGGUGGAGUCUCUGCCCGCCCCAGGACUCGCCCAUGCUACAUCUGCGGUAGGGAGUUUGGGAGCCUGUCACUUCCUAUCCAUGAGCCAAAAUGCCUGGAGAAGUGGAAGAUAGCAAAUGAGCAGCUGCCCAGGGAGCUCCGCCAGCCGCUCCUGCAGAAGCCUCAACCCCUUCUGUCUGGACUGGCCAGCCACGAGGGGCCAAGUCCAGUGCCGCUUGCGCCCUGCCCUUACUGCCACCGGACCUUUGUCCCAGACCGUCUUCUGGUGCACCUGAGAAGUUGUGCAGCUCAACUGAGCAGGACCAAAGGGCAGAGCCCAUCUCUAGGGGCUCAGAGUGGCCUCCAGGAGGCCACUGGUGUCGAGCAGCAUGGCAGUAGGACUGCACCUCGUGUGAUGGAUAAGGUAACGGGCAUCAUGGGAGGUGCAUUGGUUGUGCCGGGAUCUGUGCCACCACCGAGGGAGUGA